UGGCUGUUCACAAACCAGGAAGGAAGCUGCCAGAUCACUGGGUACCAGCAAUCUGCAAAUUAUUCAUUGCAUACAAGUAGGAGCUAUUAAAAGGUUAUAUGCCGUUUAGUUGAAAAAAGGAAAAAUAAAAGCUUCAGCAAAAAUACCAGUUGCUGACAGAUUUGAAAAAGGAAGAAAAAAGAAAGAAACCGAAAAAGCGGAGCAUUGUGGAAAGGGGGGUGUAGGGAGGAAAUAAAAAUCUUAUUGCUGAUGACGUAUGUUGCAUGCCUAGGUAGGCCAAACCACAAAGAUGCAUAUUUAGUCCUUGUUAGCUCCGCUGCAAGUGCAACUAGAGUCAGAACAACAAUAUAAGUCUCUUUUUAAUCUAAUGUUUUUCUAUAUCUUUGGAUGUACAACUUUAGAAAUGUACUUUUCUUUUUGACUGACACAUUUUUGACAAAAAACCUCAAUACUUGCAUAUUUUUGCCUGUUUUUUGUGUUCUUGUUUUUGCAUCCCUUUUUAACAGGAAAUCGCUUUAAGAAGCAACAGUGAUAAAAAUGGAGCAAGAUAUUGCUGACCUUUUAAGCGAUGCAUUCUCAGACGCAUUUCUACCAUCUUACAAAGAAGAAGACCUAAACUUUGACAGCCUAAAUUUUGAUGAAGGUGAUGAGGAAAGAAACAAGACAGCUGGUAACAACAAGCUAUCAGUGUUGACAGAGGUGGAUGAAAGUGAAGAGGCUUUGAGUAGCAUAUGCGAGGAAGACCUUUUUCCAAAAGGUGAAAGCUGGGCUGAGAGUAGAAUUUCACAGAGUCUGGAUGUGGAUGCAAAGGAGGAAUCCAGUGAUGAGGGUGAUUCAAGAAAAGAAAGAGAUGAAGAUGAUAUGCAAGAAGGCACCAUUGAGGAGGUGGACUCAAAAGAAGACAAAUAUGAGGAUACUGUAACAGAAUCUCGAAAUAAGGAAGAUUCAAGUGAAGAAAAAGAUAAAGAUGAUGUACUGGAGAUGCAGAAAAUAGGUAACGAGGAGAUGGGCUCAGUAGAAUAUAGAGUAGGGACUGUUGCACAGAAAGAUACGCAGAAGAACCGGGAUUUCAGAGAUGAAAUGGUGGAUGUGGUUGAUGAAGAAUCAAGCAGUGAUGAGUUGGAUUCAAGAGAAGUUAAAUAUGAGAGUGUUGUAAUGGGUAUAUCCACUGAAUACCCAUCUGAGGUGAACAGACAACAGAAGGAAUAUUUUCAGGAUCGAGAGGAAGAUGGUGGUGGAAUGGAUCAUUCCCCUGAAUACUCAUCUGAUGUGAUAAGAAAACAGAAGGAAUAUUCUCAGGAACAAGAGGAAGACAUGGAAAAUGCACAAAGUGGGAAGGGUGGUUAUGUCACUGAUGAAGAAGAGGGAAAUGAUGGAAGUAGAAGAAAACAUGAGGAACUGUAUCACGGUCUCUGUUCCCUUCAGGCUGAUAGGCAAGAGGAUGGGGAAAAAACUCAUGCAAAGUGCAAAGAAGAAGAAAUUUAUGAAGGUGAGCAGGAAACCUUGUCUGCCACAGGUAUUGGAAGCACGGAAUUUUCUAAAGGGUGGUCUCCUCUAGAGAAUGAGGAUGCACGCAAUACUGCUUUUCAAGGAUUACUUGAAUCACAAUUUGAAGGUGACAUGAAAGAGUUUUCUGAGGAUGACCAGGGUGUCACUGGGGAAGAUUAUGCGGAGUACCCCUCAGAGUGUUUUCAACAAAAAGACAAAGGGGAAAGAACAAAAAAGGUGGAGGACAUGCAAAUUGAAUCAAUGUGGAUGACACCAAAGCUUGAAAUGGAAGGGACUGCACAACUGAGAGGAGAAAUACUUGAGUGGGAGCUUCUAGAUAGACACACAGAGAUCCACGAUGAAUGUAGUGAGAGUGAAGAAACAGCAAGAGAUAUUCCUGAUGAGGAACAGAGCGCUGUUCUGAAAAAUGUAAGAGACGGACCGCAAAACAUGUUUUUGGAAAAAAAACAUACUGAACAACAAGAUUCAGAAGGAGACUGUUUAAGAAAAGAGGACCAAGGUAUGGAGGAAAACGGACCAGUAAAAGAUGAGAUGGCUGAGGGUGUACAAGAAGUAAUGGAGCUUACAUAUUCCUCUGCAUGGAAGAAGAUAGACAAAGGAGAUUUGGCAGAUUCUGAACCCCAGAAGGACACAAUGGUAUUUGAUGUGACCCAUGGUGACUUCCUUUAUGUACAAGAUGAAAGUGGUAAGGUCAGCUGGGCUGAAGAUCCUCUAAUUACUGAGACCAGAAACAGCCAAGAGAUAUUUGAGAAAGUGUGCUUAGCUGAAACUGAGAAUCAAGAAGAAGAAAUAAGCCUAGUGACAGAGUCGGAGGAGGAAAAGCUCACGGAUGUUUCGUUUCAAUAUGAAACAUGCAAUGUUACAGAUGCUCAGCAGCAGAAAUCUCAAAAUUACAAUGAAGAGGAGGAUUAUGAACAAGAUAAAGAUAGAACUGAAACAUUGUAUCAGUACGACAAUGAUGACCAAGAUUGUGACACAAGGCAAAGAAGUCGAAAUUCCAAGAAGCAUACUGUGACAUUCUGCCUGGAGCCCAUCCUUCAGAAAGACUCAGAAAGCAGUGACCUGGAAGAUGGGGUUAGCAGCUCUUCAGACAGUGUAGAGGACCACCCUACUUCACAAACCACACAAUUCCUGGACCUGGAGGAGGACAGUGAUGAUUACAGACGAAGACAGAACUGUUCCCUUCUCCAGCAGACUUCUGCCACUCAAAGGGAGCAUCUGAAUUUCAACAGAGAGCUGAAGAUUCAUCGUCAGAAUGACACGAUUUCCUGGAUGGUAAAGUCCUUUCUGAAGAUAUGUCUGACUACUGUGGUAGGAGCCCUCUUCUUUUGGUGGGCUUCAGACCAACUGGACUGGGUGGGCAAAAAUAGUGCCGACUGAAAAUGUCCAAUCACUGAGUAAGUGGGAGCUAAUUGUGAUUCUAAUGCAUGUAUACUUAGUCAGAAGAUCCAUAUCAGGAAUUAUGCAAAAUUUUAAUGUAAGCUAGCAAAGGCUAAAGUAUAUAAUGUCAUGUGCCAAUCAUGUGAAAAAUAUGUAUAUCUAGAAAGCUAUAACUUGGCCUGACAUAAUCUUUUGGAAACUGAAUUGUUUGUUUUGAAUAUCUAUAGCUAAUCUACUCUUUCCUUUGUACAAGCAUAUGUCAAGUACCAUACUACUUUUUUAUGUAUGGUAAAAUCUGCCGAAACAACAUUCUUUAUUCUUUUUAAAAUUCCUAUAAUAAAAAUAUCAUUUUCUUUGAAUGUUUAAUAUUUACUAAUAUUUUCUAUGCAACUGUGCCAGUUUGAAGUAUUGAAAAUGUUAAAUAACAAACAGUCAAAUCAUUUUGUUAUACUCUAUUUUUAGAAAAUAAAUUUGUAUUUCUACUAUAUGCCAUAUGCAUAGUUUCAUGUCUGUCUUGCUACAGUUAUCAGUAACUUGAUCUUUUGAAGCAAAUUUAAAUGUUAAAAUUAUAUGCUGUAUAAACACAAUUUUUUUCAAAUGUUACAUUUUCAAUGGAAUUGCUAAUAAACGGCUUGAACUAGUCGCUACACAA